CCCGCGCCCGCCCCGGGGACAGCGGCAGCGGGGAGAGCGGGGAGAGCGCCGGGCGGUGAGCGGCCCCGGCCCCCGGGAAGCCACGGAACCCGGCCGCCCCCCUUUUCCACCUCCUUCUGCCGGGGGGCCCCGGCGGAGCUCCCCGAGCCCAGCCGGGCGGGACGGCGGCUCUGGGCGCGCUGCUGCGCUGCUUCCCCUGCGAGCGGCUGUGCGGGGGCUGCGCGGUGCCCCCCGGGGCGCUGCCCCCGGCCAUGCCGCCCCCGGCCCGCCGCCGCCUGCCCGCCGCCGCCCGCCUGCCGCCGCGCACCUUCCGCAGCUACCUGCCGCGCUCGCACCGCACCUACAGCUGCGUGCACUGCCGGGCGCACCUGGCCCGCCACGAGGAGCUCAUCUCCAAGUCCUUCCAGGGCAGCCACGGCCGUGCCUACCUGUUCAACUCCGUGGUGAACGUGGGCUGCGGCCCGGCCGAGCAGCGCCUGCUGCUGACGGGGCUGCACUCGGUGGCCGACAUCUUCUGCCAGAGCUGCAAGACCACCCUGGGCUGGAAAUACGAACAGGCGUUCGAGAGCAGCCAGAAGUACAAGGAGGGGAAGUUCAUCAUCGAGAUGUCGCACAUGGUGAAGGAGAACGGCUGGGACUGAUGCGGGGACACAGCUGGGACUGGGGGGCACCGGGGGGCGUGCUGGGUGACCUCCUCUGUGGCACCUUCACUGUGACCCCCGGUGCCCCCUGGCUGGCACCAGCCGCGGGGGUUGCGGGGCUUUUCUAGGGCAAUAAAGGCUUUUUUUUAGGAA